GCCGAGUGAGUCAGAUCGUCAACUGUACACAGUACACAGUAGCGAGUAGCAGUCGACGCUCGGAGUGCUUGCCGCGACUUUACCGCAAGUUUUCACACAAGUGAACGUGCUCUAGCUAUGUAGAUAGACCCCUGGAGUCACACGUAUACAGUUUAAAGUGCUUUUAACCUAUAAAAUGCUGAUGCCCGGUGCUCUAGGAUCCACGGACAGCAUGUUGGGAACCGCCGAUGGUCUGGUUGGGAGUCUGGCUAGUUUGACCACCCCUACGGGAACUACCCAGCAGAAAGACACUACUUGGACGAAACUGUUUGUCGGAGGGUUGCCGUACCACACGACAGAUAAGUCGCUGCGAGAACACUUCUCUGUGUUCGGUGAUAUCGAGGAGGCGGUGGUCAUCACUGACAGACAGACCGGCAAGAGCAGAGGAUAUGGAUUUGUGAUCAUGGGAGACCGACCCGCAGCCGAGAGGGCGUGCAAGGAUCCCAACCCCAUCAUCGACGGCAGAAAAGCCAAUGUCAACCUAGCCAUCCUGGGGGCGAAGCCCCGGGGCAACGUUCAACCAGGUCAGAGCUUUGGUUGUGACAUUUCAUAUAUAAGUGGCAACACCAGUGCUUUCGACGAAGCCACUGGCUGA